AUGUCAGUUAUAUCAGACGUCGCAGUUGCAAGGCGUGCUGAUGAUGCAAGCGGAUACUCUAGGACCAACGGUAUCAAGAAUCAGUCAAUAACGAAACCAUUAUCAUUAGAUGAUAGUUCAGGCGAGGUUUUAGUACGCAAAGCUACCGGCAAGUCAAAAGUGCGCAAGGGACAAUCGGAGGAAGAAUAUCAAGGACAGUUGCACCAAUAUUUUGAAGUUGAGCAAGGUCCGAAGAGAACUGACAUAGGAUGGAUGGACAAAGUUGAUCCAAUGGCGUUACUUAAUGACCCAGAGAAAGAUCUACAGAUCAAAAACACCAGACAGAAACUGACGAGUUUUUGUCAAAGGCUUUAUUAUCAGAAGCGGUACGCCGAAUGUGCAGCAUUAUGCGAUGAGCUGUUGCCAAGGUACGAGCCCUUCAAUAAAAAGAACAAGAUAAAGAGAGAACUUGAAGAGUUGGAAUAUAUGGCCCAACAAUCAAAGAAUAUUUUACGUAUAAAUGAAGCCACCGAGAGUAUAGAUAAAAUACGUAUGUAA